AUUUUAUCAUUGUUUUAUAGAUGAUAUUGACAGCACAUAAACAUAAGUAAUGGCUUCCGACACAGACAAAGAAAGAGAUGGUUGCAUUGAAUGUAUGAGAUAUGGAUUCAUCAUUCUCAAUAGUGCCUUCCUCUUGGCUGGGAUUUUAUUAGCUCUUCUUGGUACAUGGUUUUACGCAGUACCUGCGAAUGAAAACUUAACUGCAAUUGUCAUGGAUGAAAAAAAUCAGCAGGAAUUCAGAAAUGCCUUAGUGCUUGUCAUAGGCGUUGGUGUCGGUUCUUGUCUAUGCGCAUUUAUAAGUUGUUGUGGUGCUUUUGCACAAAGCAGAUGUAUUCUAAUCACAGUGUUUUCAAUGGACUGUCUUCUCUUUGUUACUGAGCUUGUGAUAGUUGGAUUCGGUAUUGUGUAUUUGGGGGUAAUAAAUAUUGGAAUUGUUGAUCGGAUGACCGAAACACUUGCCUUGAGUUAUGUGGGAGAUUAUGGUUCUAAUCAAGAGUCAUCUGCCUGGAGAGAGACGCAAAUGUCAUUUUCUUGCUGCGGAAUAAACACACUGGAAGGUUUUAGGAACCACACAAACAUUGAAUAUGGAAAUCUAACUGGUUCUCUAUGGUACAGGAACAAUGAAAAUAAAACGAUUCAACCAUGGCCUGACAGCUGCUGCGAAGUGGCAAAAAAAGAUGGAACACAUGGUAAUCAAGUAUGCUCCGUAGAAAGAAAAACGUAUCUUAAUGAAGUGGGCUGUGCCAGCGGUGUUGAAGGCUUUUUACAAAGUCACAUUAUACAGAUGAUUGGUAUUACUUCUCUUCUAGUGCUGUUAGAAUUCUUUGCCGGAAUAUUGGCCAUCAGACUAUACAAAGAUUUGAUUGCCAACCAAGCCCAACUCCUUAAUAAUGUGGUGCCAGUCGCUUGUAAUGGAGGAUAUGACAAAUUUGGUAACGUCAUUGACUAACUGUGAGUCAACGAACUACUUAACCGUUUACUCUAUGUUUAGAACACUCAAAAAAAUUUUCAUGCUUUAAAACAGGACUAUUUAGUGGGGCCCUUAUCAACCAACACUCAAGAUUUUUCCCCAUCAAGCAUAAAAUCCUAAUCCGACAGCUUAUGUAAACGGCGCUCAGAUGGUUAAAAAAAAAUUUUCAACGCUAGUCAGUGCAAUAAAUCUUUCUUUCAGUUUUGCCAGGCGCCUUUAUUACUGUAAUUCGUUGCAAACUUGGAAAUUUUGUGGCCUACCAACGAAAAAUGUUGCACACCCCUGCUUUAAAAAGAACUGAAUCAAUGCCGACAACAGCUCCCAACGUUUGUUUAUUUUUUCAAUAUUAGCAAUAUGCAUCUUCGAAAUAGUCAAAUCAUGUUACUAGAAUUCUAAGAUAUUUGCAAUGCUAGUUAAUGUCCACAGUUUUGCAUUGUCUCCAACAAGAAACAAUCUAGAUCACAACAGCUCCCAAUGUUUGUUUAUUUUUUCAAUAUUAGCAAUAUGCAUCUUCGAAAUAGUCAAUCAUGUUACUAGAAUUCUAAAAUAUUUGCAAUGCUCGUUAAUGAACCCGGUAACCUGAAGCUUAUUGUCCACAGUUUUGUUUUUAAUUUCAUUGUCUCCAACAAGAAACAAGCUGGACAAUAACAGUAAAUCUACACCGAAUGCUAAGUAAUGUUUGUGUAUUUCCGAGCCGCCGAGUAAGACCAUCGGAUGAUUCAGCAUAGAAACUAAAUCUUGUUUAUAUUAUGGCAGUAAAAAUUGACCUAUGCAUAUAUAACCUUGCCAUGCAGUGAUGCAUAAUUUGUAUAUAUUCUUGCUUAUAUUCUCUGUGCAAUCUCUAUCUUAUCCAAUCAAACAAUCUUGAUCAUUGUGAAAAUAUGCAAUAAACUUUGAUUGACCAA